AUGGCGGUGGAAAAAUUUGUUUCCAAAACGCUCGAGCUUCUGCAGGAGGAACGGGAGGCUGAAAUUGAGGAAACCAGGUCAUGGCAAGAAAACAUAUCUCAAAAGGAACUUCAAAACAAGGGAGUCUGCCUGCUGAAGCUGCAAAUAGGAAGUCAGUCCACGGGCCUGUAUGGUCGAACAGUUCUCACCCUCGAACCAAGAAAGCAUCUUGGUUUCUUAUCUCUUCCGAGCAACAGCUUUGGGCCUGGUGAUAUAGUUGGCUUGUAUGACAUCUCAGGGUGCACUGCAGCCUCACAGAUCUGCACAGGGAUAGUAACAAAAGUUACCCAAGCAUCUGUAAGUGUGGCUAUUGACGAUUUAAAGGAUGGUAUCGGUCUUGAUGCAGAUGCUCUUUACAACAUCCUGAAACUUGCCAAUGAUGUCACCUACAAAAGAAUGAAACGUGCCUUGAAUGUAUUAAAUGGAUACAGCAAUGGACCAGCUGCUAAUCUGAUAAAUGUUCUAUUUGGGGAUACACAACCAUCUUCCCAUACACAGCCAAAUGAGGUUAAAUUCUUUAACUCAAAUUUGGAUGAUUCCCAAAGAGAGGCUGUGAUCUUUGCUCUGUCUCAGAGAGAACUGGCUGUGGUUCAUGGACCUCCAGGUACAGGAAAAACCACCACUGUGGUGGAAAUCAUCCUGCAAGCUGUCAAGCAAGGUCAAAAGGUCCUCUGCUGUGCUCCGUCAAACGUGGCUGUGGAUAAUUUAGUGGAAAGGUUAGCCCGGUGCAAGGCAAAGGUCCUGAGAUUGGGUCACCCUGCCAGACUGCUGGAGUCUAUCCAGAAGCACUCUCUAGAUGCCAUCCUCGCUCAGAGCGACAAUGCCAACAUCAUCGCUGACAUUCGAAAUGACAUUGACAAAGCAUUUAUGGGGAUGAGGAAGAUGCGGGACAAAGGAGAGCGGUCAAACUUUAAACGAGAAAUUGGCGAGCUGAGAAAAGAGCUGAAAAAUAGGGAGGCAACAGCCAUCACCCAGAUCCUAAAGAGUGCUGAUGUUGUGAUGUCGACCAAUACUGGUGCUUGUGAUGACGGGCCUCUGAAAUUCCUGCCAGCAGAGCAUUUUGAUUGGGUGGUGAUAGAUGAGUGUGCUCAGGCCCUGGAGAGCAGCUGCUGGAUCGCCCUGCUCAAAGCACGCAAAUACAUUUUGGCUGGAGACUACAAGCAGUUACCACCUACCAUCAAAUCACAAAACGCUGCAUCAAAAGGCUUGUCUCUGAGUCUCAUGGAAAGACUCAUCCAGAUGUAUGGAGACUCAGUGGUCCGUAUGCUAACAGUCCAGUACCGCAUGAAUAAUGCCAUCAUGGACUGGGCCUCCAAAGAAAUGUACCAAGGAAAAUUAACUGCUCACAGUUCAGUGGAAGGACACUUAUUAAAAGAUCUAGCAGGCGUCAGCAGUGUAGAAGAGACGAGCACUCCACUCCUCCUGAUCGACACUGCAGGAUGUGGCCUGAGCGAAAUGGAGGUCACUGACGAGCAGUCCAAAGGCAACCAAGGUGAGGUUGACAUCGUGGAAAUGCACAUUAAAGCCUUGACUGAAGCCGGUGUUAAAGCAAAAGACAUUGCUGUCAUCGCUCCGUACAAUCUACAGGCAAGUCCAGGAUUAAUGCUUCAGCCCACAAAAAAAAAAAAAGAAUAUGUUGAUCUUCUGCGUAAGAAACUUUCUGCGCGUCAUCCAAACCUGGAGAUUAAGUCGGUGGAUGGAUUUCAGGGCAGAGAGAAAGAGGCCGUUGUGUUGUCUUUGGUUCGGUCCAACAGAAAAGGCGAGGUCGGCUUUCUGGCAGAGGACAGAAGGAUUAAUGUUGCCGUUACGCGUGCAAGACGCCACAUUGCUGUGGUGUGUGACACACAAACUGUCAAUAAUCACGCUUUCCUGAAAUCCCUGGUCAGUCACAUGACAGAAUUUGGAGAGGUCCGGACUGCAUUCGAAUACCUCCCAGAUAUCGUGCCAGAGAACUACACCCGCGACCACAAAGACACAAAGAUCACAUCCAGCACCUCCACAUCAACCAAAGACAAGGCCAGAGGUCCACUUUCCACUAAGGCAAAAGAGGGGCAGAAGACACCCACUGGUGACAACAGGAAGAAAAACACUGCAGGUUCACACGGGCCCACGGCGGCACCGACAGAGCGAGAGCAGAACAAGAACAGAUACGCUGAGAUCAGAGAGCAGGUGGAGAACUUUAUGAAGGACGUAAAUCAGAAAGAGCUACAGUUCCCGCCAUCGUUUAACUCCCAUGACCGCCUGCUGGUCCACCAGGUGGGUGAGGAGCUGGGCCUCAUUCAUGAGAGCAAAGGGGAGGGCAGCAACAGAUGUAUCACCAUCUCCAGGCCCCAGAAAUUAGCUCCAACUCUGGAGCCUACACAAGAAGACACCCAGGAAGAGGAAGUGGCCCCACCUGAGCCAAACCCGCCAUCAUGUCAACCUUCUCUGGACCUUAAAAGUUUACAUUUGGAGAGAAAGAAGAGGGAGCAGAAGAAAAAGGAGGAAAUCGCCAAAAAAAUUAAGCCCCAGAAUGUUGUUCAACCUCAGACGCAGCUGACAAAGAAGCCCAAAGGAAAAAACAAAACGAAGGCGGGCGCCUGCGACAUCGCCGCCGCCGCCGCUCCGGAAGAUGACUUUGACACUCUCAUCACCGCCGUCGUGAAGGCCGAAAGUGUGUGUAGUUUUGUCAAGUGUAAAGCGUCGGUGCUAACACUUGGACAACUUUGCUUGUUCUGCAACAGACAGUACUGUCUCAGCCAUCACAUACCAGAGGUUCAUGGAUGUGGAGACAAGGCCAAGUCGCAUGCUCGGAUGAGAAUAAGUAAAGAGGGUGUUCUUUAUGCCGGGAGUGGAACGAGAGACAAGUCCAUGGACCCCAAUAAGAAAGCUCAUCUACAAAGAAGACUUGACUCCAAACUGAAAGAUAUGGCAUCACAAAGGAAACCGAAGAACAAGGACAAGGACAGUUAA